GCAUAUACCACAGUAUCAGCUGAACUGGUUUGUUGCUCGGAAAAGGUGUCGUCAGAAUGGAUCAUCAACCAGCUGCAGAUGCGAAAUUUCCUGAAUACUAUUUGGCACCUUGCCCACCCUUUAACCCUUAGCCCAAGGCAACCGCAGAGGAAUCCCUCACCGACCCUCCGAAACAUAACGACUCCACAGUGCUGACAUCACCUCAGCUCAUCGUUUAGUCUGGGGUGUUGAUUGACAUGUGAAAAGUUGCAGAACAGGACCGUCCUCCUGUAGAUGCUCAGCGUUUAGUGGACGGCUGCUGUCGGUGCCGCUGUGUGAAAGGUCAGCGGGUUCUCUGAGGUCACUCUGUUCAGUGAGAGGAGGUGUUUAUAUUGUCAAUCACUCUUGUGGAGAAUCUGUCACAGCCGCAGGGCUGCGUCCUGUGUAAUAGACUUAGUUACUCCCGGUUGGCCUGAAGGCUUGCUUGCUCCUUCAGAAAACAAACAGCUGAAGAUGCCUUGGCUGGGAGGGGUUAAGGUGCAGAGCCUGCCUCUCCGCCCCUCCUGUUGAGAGGGAAAGUGGAAAAGUUAGGCAGUCAGCAUGAUGUGCUCUGCAGUAGGAGAGAAGAAGAAGGGAGCAGAGGCUACUGGAAAGGCUAUUUGCAAUGGAAAGCUGUGACGAAAUUGACUAAACCCUUGGAGCUCACUGGAGGCUUGAAGUGCGCUUAGGAUCAGCAUGGCCUGUCUGGAAGUUGAGCGCCGUGUGGCCUGCAGGAACAUCUUUGGUUCAGUUCUCCAGUUGCGGCUGCAGCAGAGACGCACUCGGGAGCAGCUUGUUGACCAGGGCAUCAUGCCACCCCUCAAGAGCCCGGCGGCCUUUCAUGAGCAGAUCCGGAGCCUGGAGAGAGCCAGGACUGAGAAUUUCCUGAAGCACAAGAUACGAAGUCGGCCCGAACGGGCUGAGCUGGUCCGCAUGCACAUCUUACAAGAGACUGCAGCAGAGCCCUCACUGCAGGCCACUCAGCUGAAGCUGAAGAGAGCCCGGCUAGCUGAUGACCUCAAUGAGAAAAUCGCCCAGCGACCUGGUCCUAUGGAGCUGGUGGAGAAAAACAUCUUGCCUGUGGAUUCCAGCCUCAAAGAGGCCAUCAUCGAUGGCCAGAUGCAGUAUCCCAAAACCCUGGACCUAUUUGAUGAAGACAGCGGAGAUGCCUGCUCUCCAGAACAGCCGGGCAGUCAGGAGUCACAUGGGUCUGCUCCUUCUCCCGGAGAGCCCAAGGCCCCUGAAGCCACCUCACCACUUUCUAAUAACUUAUUACAGCACUGCAUUCCUGUCACGCAGGUUACAGCAGAUUUCCGUAGACCUUUUACCACCAAUGAACUGUCUGUGAGCCCUCCAGCACAACAGCCUCAACCAGUCCCUACUGUAGCCCCCUCAAAACCUGCUCCUACUCUCCUCAAGCAAAGUCAACCUAAGCUUCCUGGUGAUAAAAGCCGCAGUAAGAAGAGCAAAGAGGCUAAACCACGCGUCAAAAAGCUGAAGUAUCAUCAGUACAUUCCCCCAGACCAGAAGCAGGAGCCCAGUGAAGCCCCCAUGGACUCCUCAUACGCCCGCUUACUGCAGCAACAGCAGCUCUUCCUGCAGCUUCAGAUCCUCAGCCAGCAGCAGCAGCACUACAACUACCAGACCAUUCUGCCUGCUCCACUCAAGCCUGUGAUUGAGGGACAGAACAGCAGUGCCACAGUCGCCAGCAGCAGCAGCAACAGCCUCCCUGCCUCCAUCGUGGUGUCUCUACCUACCGCUGCGCCACCAGCGCGCCCAAACAACACCCUCACUAACCGCAAGGCUGGCACGCUGCCAGCCAACCUGGAGGAGAUGAAGGUGGCUGAGCUAAAAAUGGAGCUGAAGCUGCGUGGCCUCCCAGUGUCUGGAACCAAAACUGACCUCAUUGAGCGGUUAAAGCCUUUCCAGGAGAAUUCCUCUCCCUGCACCAUCAUAAACAACAACAAUAACAACACUGGACCUAAUACCCAACUCUGCAACACUCCAAUGGAAGUUUCCAGCACCACUACAAGCCUUUCCACUGGCCAGCUGCUUCCUGAGAUCUUGAGCUCUACUCCCCCUGUGUCCCCCAUCCUCUUAGAAGCACACACCAGAGAGGAGAUGGCCAUGGAGAGCCAGCCAGAGACCCAAGCUCAGCCAGUGUCUGCAGUUCCAGAGGAACAGGACAGGAGGCUGCACGAGAAGGAGCGUCAGAUCGAGGAGCUGCUGCGCAAGCUGGAGCAGGAGCAACGGCUUGUGGAGGAGCUGAAGAUGCAGCUGGAGGUGGAGAAAAGGUGUGGACAGACGGCAGCAGUCGUGGAAAGUAACGGUAACGUCAGUCAAGCUGCAACAAAAGCUCCCGUAAAGACGGAGAAUGCAGUCAUUCCCAACUGCAAAGUGACCUCACUUACCACUGCUGCUGUAGCAAAGCCGGAGGAAAGCCAUCCCGCUCAGGUGACGGCCACUCCGCUCACGCAGUUCAUUAUCAGCCACCAGGGGGUGUCGCACAUCAUCGGGCAGCCUCAGACUCUUCUCACCACGCAGCAUGGUGGCACCCAGAUACUGCUGUCUCUGCCCAACAACACCACCGCCAUCCAGCUCCCCAAUGCAAACAUUAAACUACAGCCGGUCCUUCAGGCAGCUGUCUCUCCUCAAAGCCAAGGACUGAUCCAGACCACUCAGCUGCAACCGACCAAACCAGAAAGUACCUUAACACAGCAGCCAGUCAAUCAUAACCACAACAUAGUAAAGACUCUUCCGGUGUGCAGCAGUGGCGGUUCUGGUUUUCAGCACAGUGCCAUAGACAACCAGACAGGUUUGGAGAUGCCACAGUGUUUUCUGAGCAGCUCACCGGAGAACACAGUCUCUGCCCAUCAGGGUUCACCCAUCUCCUCCUCCCUUACCAACGGCCCCCUCAAGUCCCCCUCUCAGGCCCCACCUGCCUUCAUCCUGCAGUCUCCAGCAUUCACUCAGGCUCCCAAGAGCCGAGAGCCCCCAACCUACGAGGAUGCCGUCAAACAGACCCGCGGCCUGCAGGGGCCCGCUAUCUCACAGGUUCCUGUUGCAACCAGUCAGCAGAUGGAUGACCUGUUUGAUAUCCUCAUUGAAAGUGGAGAGAUCACACCUUUCAGUCAGCCGGAGUCCUCCCUGCCUAAGAUGAUGCCAGUCACUGCCAACAUCACCACCUUACCCGUCAACACCGCACUGUCUCGCCCGCCUGCACAGGUACAGAUGGCGCCCCCACCGGCACUGCUGGUGGACCCCAUGCCUAACCUGGCCUCUCUGGCCUCGGAUAACCAACUAGAGGCGCUGCUGGAGGGCGCUCUGGUAGGAGUUCCUGACGUGGAGCAAAGGACGCUGGGUAUUCUAGAGGAGCUGCACAGUCAGCUUUUAGAUCAACCACAUUCUCCCAUGGACACGACCGAGCUGGGCUUCGGCGACCCUCCACCCUCCACUUCCUCCUCUUCCUUUAGCCUGCAGGACACAGGCCUGGACAAUAUGGAGUGGCUGGACCUGACCAUGCCCGGACCUAUCGGGCCAGUGAACCCGCUGGGCAUCGCUUCAGAUUUCCUAGACACACAUGACCUGCAGUUGCACUGGGACUAAAAGUGUUGGUGCUGUUCUCAUUUUGUGCACUUUCUUUCUUUCGCUCUCUUACUCUCUCACUCUCUCCCUCUUUCUCUCUCCCUCUCUCUCUCCCUCUCUCUCUCUCUCUCUCUCUCUCUCUUCACACACAAAUACACAAACCUUUCCUAUUAGGAGGAGGAAGGGACGAUUUGUUAAUAGCCAUGAAAUUUGAAAGUGUGCGAGUGUGUGUAUGUGUGUGAGUGUGUGUGUGAGAGGGUGUUUUAAUUUUAAAACUGUACAGGGCUAUGUGAAGCACUAGGGCUGUACCAGCAGCAUGACACCAUCAUAGUAGCAUGCCAGACAUAUUGUUGGGCACAUCACUGCCAUAACCACAUAUUCCAGUUGAAAGGAAUAUUCUAGGGAUCCUCUGAUACAGACUAAAAGUAGCUAAUAUAAACAUUUCACAGUUAAGAGUGGCCCCUUUGCCAGAGCACUGUUAGAUGGAGAGUAAAGCCAAGGUCAAACUGGACAUUUGUUGUUUGCAUCUCCUUGCAUAAUGAACUGGAUCACAAACCUGGUCUCCAAAAAUUCUCUGUUGUGGUGCUUUUUAGCGUGCUAAGGCUAUAAACACUGUAAAACAUAGUAAAGUAGUAUUUAUAAACUGAAAACUUCAUUCUGCACACUCAGUCAAAGCAAAACAGUGUGGAACAGCUGAGGUUGAAUCUCUAUGUGGAGCUGUGCUUAGCUUAAGGCUAACUGAGCAGUUAUCAGGCAAAUUAUGUCAUUAUUAUGUUAUAUAUAUAAAGUACAGUACUAUAAAGCUGUAUCAGACAUGAUUGGUAACAGAUAUUUUUUUUUCUUCUUUCAGUUGUUUCAGUUAACUGAAUAUAUUUUUCAAUAACUUGAAAUGCUAAUAGAAUGGUAGCCAACUUACUUUUACUACAAACAAUAACAGAUAAAAGUGAGAUAAUUAUACCAGUAUACUGUAAGGACAGUUGUACCUGUAUCACUGACAUUAGUCAAAACAUUGCUUUUAUUGCUUUUUAUUUUAAGUUAACUUAUACCGGUAACUUAUUUAUUCAGCUCUGAUCAGCAGAGGAGCUAACUUGGUGACUAGCAUGCUACCUAGCUAACUCAGUUACCACAGACACUAACAGAGAACAGUGAGAGAACACUUUACAAUGUGUCACACAUUUGAGUUUUAGUAUAAAAGUUUGAUACAAAGUAUGAUAUUUGAAGGAAUAGGUGGGUUGUGUUUUUAGCUUCUCUAAGUUCAGAAGCUAAUUAGCGAUUAGCAUGCUAGCUAACUUUUAUACAGUAAACAGUUAAAUCACAAAAAAAUGAUAACACACUGUCCUGACUAAUCUACGUGAAUUGAAUGGGUCUUAAGUGGUUUAUUUAGAGCCAGGGGUUAGAAACGGUUGUGUUUAUCCACGGCUAACAUUAGCAUUUCCUCUUUUGGAAAUAGGCUGCUUCAUCAGACGUCAGUGCAGCCAGUGCUGGAACAGUAUAGUGUGUCAAAAUUCACUUCAAUUAACGUACCUCAAAUUUCUUCACCUACAGCAGAGAAUUAUAUAUAAAAAAAAUAUAUAUAUAUAUAAUAUAAAAUACACACAAAAGGUUAGUGACCAAAGCUUACAGCUAAUAUAAGGCCUUAGUUCUGUAAUCAUAAAAAUAACAAACCAUCUUCUCGUCAACUGUUAGCUAACCAGUAAGACAACUAAUUAGAACUCAGACAAGUGUAUGUGAGGCUAAGUGAUAUAAAGUUUGUAGGCCUAGUAAGGCUUUUAAAAAAGAAAAAAUAAUAAUUUAACAAAGAUUGUACAUAUGUUUCAUAUGUAACUUUUAGGAAUAGAUCAGUAUUGGAAUUGUGGGCUAAUUCCAGUUUGAAUUGCAUUAUUGCUAAUAUGCUUUUCAUAUCUAGUAACCGUCUAUUUCCACACAUUUUUAUAUAAUCUUUGUCUCUGGUUAUGGCAGUGGUAUGAUCCAUCAGUGGUCAGGCAUCCAAACACCAAGGUCUCCUCAGCAGCCCUGUUCAGCUCUCUGCUCUAUGUAAACAAAAAUCACGGUUUUAAUAACGGGUGGAUGAUGCUAGUGAUGCUGUUCUCUGCUGUUCUGCCGUUCUGAGCUAUGGUUUUUUGUUGUUGGUCAUAAAUAAUCCAGGCUGAUGGCCUGUUGUGGCGUUAUGAAAACGAAGGACCUUCGUUGAGCCGCUUCCAGCUGAGCCCAAGCUGGGUUUUUUUUUUUUCUGUGCCAUUCAGAGAGAAGGGAACUGAUUCUAAACAGCGUAAGUGUGCUGUACCGCUGUGUUCUUAGUCAUUGUGCCAUUGACUCAGCGCUGUUUUGGGCACGGCCUAAAAAUACCAACACAGCCAAUGUUGAACUACAACUGUCCAGAGACAAAAAGGACCCGCUCUAAUUCCAGACAUCUCGGUUUUACGGUUGAUAGUAAUGAAUUUGAUUGCUUUGUUUGCACAGGAUUGUUGAAUAUUUGGAGCACUGACACUAUUUUUUUGUCUUUUUUUAGUUUUAAGAAAGAAUUCAUAAUUAAUUGUAUUUUGCAAGUAGAAGAUCUUCCAACUUUCCUAUGUGAACUGUUGUGUUGUGGGAUUGCCCUAAUUGAAUGGAAUCACGUUCUCUAAUAAAUUUUUAAUUUUGAAAACUUUUAGGCUACGUUUACACCGCAGGUGAAAUUGGCCCAAACCGGAUAUGAUUUUAUAAUCAAUUUUAAUGAUUUUUUUUUAUUAUUACAGCUCUGGGAAAGAAUUAAGAGACCACUUAUAUGUUUGAGUUAAAUGAAUAUUGUUGUUUUAUUCUAUAAAUUAUGGACAACAUUUCUGCCAAAUUCCAAAUAAAAAUAUAUUUGUAGAAAAUGAGAAAAAGCUGAAAUAUCAAAAAAGACGCAGAGCUUUCAGACCUCAAAUAAUGCAAAGAAAACAAGUUCAUAUUGAUAAAGUUUUUAAGAGUUCAGAAAUCCAUAUUUGGUUGAAUAAACCUGGUUUUUAAGUUUUCAUGCGUCUUGGCAUGUUCUCCUCCACCAGUCUUACACGUGCUUUUGGAUAGCUUUAUACCACAUCUUGACUAUAUUCCAGAGGUAAAAUCAAAGAAACUCAUUUUUAAGUGUUGUCUUAUUUUUUCCAGAGCUGUAUAUAUAAAUGUUGAAUUUUGGUACCACAUCGGAAAUGAAAAUGUCAGAUUCCGCAUGUUUUUAAUUGUUUACAAAAAAGAUCAGAUUUGGGACACUUUCACCUGCUGUUAAGUGAAUGUAGCUUUAGCUUUUUUUUAGAAACAGACUUACUUUUGUGUAUGAGGGUGUGUGUUUGUAUGAGUGAGUGAGUGAGUAUAUUGGGUAUAUGAAGUCAGCAGGUAUCUGUAAUGGAAUGCUGUCUGAUAGGCCAGGCCAGUGCGCUAAUAUCUGCAGGGCUUAUGUGUACAGUAUUGUGAAAGGAGUGCCCAUAGAUACAUUAAUACUGUAUGUUGGAAAAUACUUUACGAUGCUUUGCAGCAGAGUUGCGUCAGUGCCAAGCCGAACGUGUACAUGUGUAGGUUUUUUUUUUUUUUUUUUUUUGAGGUGUGGAGCAAACCUCUGUAAGACAUGGUGCUCUUCUAGCGAGCAUUUUUGGAUAAACUAAAACAGACGCUAUUAGCAGUGACUGUUCACCCAGCUUGACUGGGCACUGAGGUAUUUAUAGAUGUUUUUGUUUAUUUACACAGGGGAUGGGGACUGUGGACUCUGAGUCUGUCUGUUCUUGGAUGAACUCCAUGAGUCUGGGUUCUGUACAGCAGGGGGGCUCAGUCCUGGUGCUGAAGAUCUACCAACUAUGGACAGUUUAGCUCCAACACUAAUCAAACAAUGAAGGCCAGUGGAGGAAAAAUAUUGUAUCACAAUGUUUAAAGGCAUUAUCAUGAUUAGGGCUGCACGAUAUUGAAAAAAAAAAUCUUUUUUCGACUAUCUAUAUAUAUAUAUAUAUAUAUAUAUAUAUAUAUAUAUAUAUAUAUAUAUAUAUAUAUAUAUAUCGAGAUACUAAACAAUGCAGGGCCCGUAACAUCCCAAGCCCUGCCCCCACCCGCACGCUGUCUGGCGUCUUGACCAAUCAAGAGCUGAGUCGGCGCAGAGCACUCAAAGCCCUAAGAAAAAAGCAAAACAACAGGGUCGGCCCUCUAAUCAGGCAUUUGGCUGUUUAAAAGGUAAAUAAAAGCGUUUUUCUGGGAUGAAAAGCGUGAAUUCAGCUGUAACUGUAAAAAACUUCACUGAAUUAGCUUUCGACAUGUGCGUUUACCAUGUGGAUGCAGACCAUGCAGUUACCUCAUGUUUACUCCUUUCCCCUCCUCACACUCGCUUACCCCCUCACACUUCUCACGCAGGCAGUAGCAGCCUGUCACUCACACAGACACAGAGACAGCGCUGUGUAUCUACUUCUUGUGUCAAGAAUGAAAAUAUUGCAACAUGACGUAUUUGAUUUAAUUCCCUUAAGUGACAUCACACAACCUGCGCUGUGACUACUGCGCAUGCGCACAUCACAAUGACUAUGCUUUAAACAAUAUAUCGGGCAGCCCUAAUCAAGAUACACAAUAGCAUAAUGUUUAUCAUCACAUUCUUUAAAAUCGCAAUCCACAUUAUGCACAGAAGGAAAGCAUCUCUAAAAUCAAAAUAACUUUAUUUGAAUACAAUAAAAUUGUAUUAAAAUUGUCAGUAUUGCCCAGCCCUAAUUUGACAUCAGAUUAUUAGAGCCAGCACAGACAGAUACACAGUGUUCAAAUGUUUGUAGACACCCCUUUUAAUAAAAUGCAUUCAGCAUUCACUUUUAAGUUCCACCCACUGCUGACACAGAUGUGCAAAUGCACAGACACAAAUUGUCUAGUCCCUAUAGAGAAAUAUAUUGCUAAUAGAAUGGGACUGCGUUCCCUGAAAUGGGAUGAGAUGAGGUGGAGAUCAUCCGACAUCCUGACCUUACUAAUUUUUUUUGUCACUAAAUGCAAUCAAAUCUUCAUUACAGAUUUGGUAGCAAAGUUUCUCUGGAGAGUAGAUACAGUUACUUCCACAGAGAGAGUCCCAGUACUUUUGUCCAUAUAGUGUAUGUCUGAUCUGACCUCUCCAGGGUCUUAAGAUCGUCUCCAUGGCCAGGAUUGAGCACCCCUGCUCUGAACUAUCACCAUAUUUAUAAGGUAUACAGGGUUUUUCCACCUGAUCUCUAUCUCCAGCAUCUAUGCUGUACGAUUGAUAAUGUUGGCAGGAGUUUCGACCCAUUUUCUCAUGUUUAAACAUGAGCAGCUGCUGCAGAAAAAAGCCUCUUUUUAAAUGCAUGCAUGGUAACCUAGAACUUGUCCUGACAUUACCCAGAGUGAACCCAGACUUUAUCCUGGGAACCUGCUAUUACAACAUUUAGGUAAACCUCAACAGACAGUGACCUUUUUUUUUUUUUUUGCAAAGUUUUUACAGCCUAUCAGAUCCUCGAUCCUCCCUCGAUCUUCUCUGCACUUUUUUGAUGAUGUCUGUCUGCCCGUCUGUCUUUCUCUCUCUAUCUCUGUGUCUGAUCUUCUGUCUGUGCCACGUUCUUGUUUCUGUGAGCGAGAGUGUGUGUGUGUGUACGUGUCCAUGUUCCACUGUUCACUGUUGAUGUGUUACUGUGUUUCCUGUUGUACUGUUUUGUGCCCAGUAAAAACAAGCAAAGGAAAAAAUAAAAAGCCUAGAAGAAGAGCCUAAACGGCAGGCUGAACAAACAGUGCGUACGCAAUUGAAGAAACAAAGAAUCUCUUUGUCCGCAUGAAAUUGUAAAUGAUUCUUAAAUUAGCUUGAUAUUCGUCAACUUUCAAAUUGUAUUUUUUUAUUUUUUUUGUAUUGCUUGAUUUGAAUUUAAUCACGAGUCAUCAAAAGCGAAUAACCAGGUUAAUCUCCGAGACCAAGCUCUGGUUAUUUGGGUCACAGGCAUGCCAUGUGACCUCACUUUGGAACGCUAGCUACCACAUUGUUAUAUCAAAAGAAAAAAAACAGAGCUGCUAUCAUGACAUCUCGAGCUGAUGAGUGGACUUGAUAUUAACCUCAGUGUUCUUGUACAGAAAAGAGGCAAUAACACCUGACUGGCUUUAUAGGCCUGUCUGUACAGUUGUGAGAAACUACCAUAGUAAGGGCAUGUUUGAUCCAAAGGGAAUUUGCUCUAUUUGUUUGUAAUUGUUUUUGUUGUUUUUGAAUACAGGAUGUUCUAGCACUUUUUUUUGCUAAAAUGAUGACUUUUUUUUCAUCAUGCUAAAACAAUCAUUUCGUAUCUGAGCACCUUCACAGAUAUUAAAGUUUUAUAGCAGAGGGAAUUUAUUGGCUUUUAGCACAGUUGUUUGUUUGUGUUUUUUUGUCGUUUUUAUUUCAAUAAGGAACUUAACAUGGCUAGGGCUGUGGUCCUCUUUUGCUUUUAAGGCUUCGUACUGUUCCUCCUGCAAGUUGACCAAGUCUCAAAAUGAUGGCCUCUCAAACGACUUGCCAAAUACAAGUCUUAGAUCGUAGGUGUAGGUCAGCACUCAUUACUCAUGGAAUGGAUUCAGUAAAUUCAGCAAAUUCAACAAAUUUAAUGUAAUUUGUUGAUCCCUGGUAGUUGAUCUGUUGGCAUGAUUGAUCUGUUCUACCGUUGGUAACAAAGCAAACAUCUGAAGAUCUCAUUCAGAGCUCUUCUCUUGGUGAUGUGUUGCCAUAUUUCCACCAUUGAUGAGCUGCUUUUCUUUAGAUUAGGAAUAAGAAAGUCUUUAUAUCUUUCUGGAUGGCUAUCAUAUACAGCUACAGGAAAAAAUUAAGAGAUCCCUUCAGUCUCUCUUAUUUAGCUAUUUAUAGGUUUAUGUUUGAGUAAAAUAAACUUUGUUGUUUUAUUCUAUAAACUUUGGGACAACAUUUCUCCCAAAUUCCAUAUAAAAAUAUUGUCAUUUAGAGCAUUUAUUUGCAGAAAAUGAGAAACGGCUGAAAUAACAAAAAAGAUGCAGAGCUUUCAGACCUCAAGUUUUUACAUUUUUAAUCACAGUUUUCAUGCAUCUUGGCAUGUUCUCCUCCACCAGUUUUACACACUGCUUUUGGAUAACUUUAUGCCACUCCUGGUGCAAAAAAAAUCAAGCAGUUCAGCUUGGUUUGAUGGCUUGUGAUCAUCCAACUUCCUCUUGAUUAUAUUCCAGAGGUUUUUAAUUUAGUAAUUUAGUUAAUUAAAGAACCUCAUAAUUUUUAAGUGCUCUCUAAUUUUUUUCCCAUAGCUGUAUAUUCCUGUCUGAUGGUUAAGACUUUGACUGAAGAGGCGGUUUUGUAAAAGAGUUAGCAAAGAGGCCAAAUCGAUAAUGAAUACAAUGCCAUUUGACAUAGCUGGUUUACAAAAUGUUGGAUGGUUAUGGUUUUUGGAGUGAACUGCGAGGUAGGGUGAGUUUCAAAGCCUUUAGCUUUGAAUUGGUGACUAUUUUAGAUUAAAUUUCAGUUUGGAAGAACAUAAGGAGCUUAUGGAGAGCAAAGCAAUAACUUCUUAUUCUAAUAAUCUGAUCUACAGUACUGUAAUUUAUGCAGUAAGUGGUAAAUCCCAGUGUAUUGCCUUGGUCUUACAAAGUUGCAGUUUGCUUUAAAAGCUCACUCGUUUGCAAGAUCAGCAUUUAGACUUGCUGUGUUGGAUUUACCUGAAUUAGGCAGCUGGAUUAGGCUGAUCACCUCUUUUCCACUCUUUUUAUCCAGAACAGUGCAGACUCUCCAUUUCUCCUUUUCGUUAAGUGGUCUUGUGGAGCCAACUCCAACCCACCAUCCAGUGCUAUAGUGAUUCCUUUUCGUUUUUUUCCUUUUUUUUGUUGUUGUUGGUUCCAAUGGUUGUUCAUUCUCAUGUAACCAUAUUCAGCUGUUUCCCAUUUUCUACUGCUGGACUUUUAAUUUGAAGUGGAAUAUUUUUUAUCAACAUUGUUUAAUGUGUAAAGUAUCAGUGGUGACUAAGACUGGGUGAGAAUCCUGUUGACUGCCACUUCUCUCUACGUCCUCCGUGCGGAGGAGCAAUCAUCAUUUGUAUGCCAUACAUUUUGCACAUUGUGUACAUAUAUUUGAAUGGACGUAAUACAUAUUUUUAUACAUGUUUAGCGCAUCCAUGAGCUCUAUUUUGUGAAUAGUUUUAAAGAUCUAAGUAUACAUACGCCGAUGUUAAUGUGUCUUGUUCACUUCGCUGUAUUGUGAACAUUAUGUUGUAGAUGAUGUUUCAGAAUCUCUUAAAUAUACCA